AUGUACGGAGAACCACAGCUCAUCAUGUUCAGAAAGGUAAUCAAUAAUAGUAAGAAGAUGCAGCCAGAUAGCUGGGUGUGGCUUCCGGACCCAUCUGGUGGUUACACAGUUCGAGGUGCAUAUAGUUUGUUAAUCUCUCAGGUACCUCCGGUCGCCGUCGAUGAUCUGGAUUUGGUGUGGCACAAACAGGUUCCCUUGAAGGUUUCCGUUUUUGCGUGGAGGCUCCUCCGUGAUCGUUUAUCAACAAGGACAAAUUUGAUUGCUCGACGGGUGUUGUCGUCUGACAUGUCUUUGUGUGUUGCUGGCUGCGGUCAUCCUGAAUCGGCUCGACAUCUAUUUUUAUUGUGUGAUACUUUUGGUUCUCUGUGGCAUUUGGUGCGUGAUUGGAUCGGUUGCUUUGGGGUGGACACAAAUAAUAUUUCAGCUCAUUUUUUACAGUUCACUCAUUUGAUAGGUGGUGGUGCUGCUAGACGUUCUUUUAUGCAACUAAUCUGGCUUCUUUGUGCCUGGGUUGUUUGGAAUGAACGUAAUAACCGUAUGUUUAAUCAUGUUGUUACCCCCAUCCCCUGUUUACUUGAUAAGGUUAAGCUGUUGUCUCUAGGUUGGUUGAAAGCUAAAAAAGCUACCUUUGUUUUUGGGACUCAGCAGUGGUGGUCAAGCCCUCUUGUUUGUUUGGGUAUUGGCUAA